CAGGGUCUGAGCCAUGGAAUUGGCCCUGGGGCAGCAGGAACCUGUUGUUUCAGAAGUUGGUGACCUUUGAGGAUGUGGCAAUGUACUUCACUCAGACGGAAUGGGAUGACCUGUCUCCUGCACAGAGGGCCCUGUACAGGGAUGUGAUGUUGGAGAAUUACGGGAAUGUGGCCUCCCUGGGUUUUCCGCUUCUCAAACCUGCUGUGAUCGCACAUCUGGAGGGAGGAGGUGAUAUGGGGGGCCCAUUUCCACUAGCUACUGGGACAGAAAUAGGCUCCCAGGUCCUCUGGACUGUAGAUAUUUAUAUCCAGACUGGUAAUUACUUGACAAAGGAAAUGUGCAAAGAAAAAGAUAGUGUAUCAUUUGAACUUCAGAGGGACUUUUCCCAUGAAACAGACUUUUCAGAAACCUAUAGGCUAGAGAAACAACAGAAAGUCCACUCAGCAGGAAGUGUGAAGGAGGAAAACAGUAGCAUUGUUGAUGGAACAGUGGAAGGUGAAACAGGCACCAAGGAGGAGUGUUUCUCUAGUCAUAGUCUAAACUUGCAUCAGUGUCAUAUCACCUCCACUGGAGAGCAGCCCCCUGUGUGUACAGGACAGGAGAAAGCCUUCCACUUUGAUACAAAACUUAAUAAGCAUGAAAUAAUUACUACUGGAGAAAGACCUAUAAAAUGUGAAGAAUUAGUGGGAACCUAUAGGUGUGACUCUCAACUUAAUCACCAUCAAGAAAGCCACGGUAGGGAGAAUUUGUAUCAGUGUACAGAGUGUGGCAAAGCCUUCAGCAUUAAUGCAAAAUUAAUUUGGCAUCAAAAACUUCAUGGUGGGCAGAAACCCUUCAGAUGUGUGGAGUGUGGGAAAAGCUUCAGCUACAGUUCCCAUUACAUCACACAUCAGACAAUCCACAGUGGGGAGAAGCCCUAUCAGUGUCAGGUGUGUGGGAAAGCCUUCCGUGUCAAUGGAAGUCUAAGCAGGCAUCAGAGAGUCCACACAGGAGAGAAGCCCUAUCAGUGCAAGGAGUGUGGAAAUGGUUUCAGCUGCAGUUCUGCAUAUAUUACUCAUCAAAGAGUCCACACUGGGGAGAAACCUUAUGAAUGUAAUGACUGUGGGAAGGCUUUCAAUGUGAAUGCAAAAUUAAUUCAGCAUCAGAGAAUCCACACUGGAGAGAAGCCUUAUAAAUGUACUGAAUGUGGGAAAGGCUUCAGGUGUAGCUCCCAACUUCGGCAGCAUCAGAGCAUUCACACUGGAGAGAAGCCCUUUCUGUGUAAGGAAUGUGGGAAAUCCUUCAGUAAUAAUGCUAAACUCAUUCAACAUGGAAGAAUCCACACAGGUGAAAAACCCUUUGAGUGCAGUGAAUGUAGAAAAGCCUUUAGCGUGAAGGGGAAGUUAAUCCAGCACCAGAGAAUCCACACAGGUGAGAAGCCUUAUGAGUGUAAUGAAUGUGGUAAAGCCUUCAGGUGUAACUCCCAGCUUCGGCAGCAUCUGAGAAUCCACACUGGGGAGAAGCCCUACAAGUGUAGUGAAUGUGGAAAGGUCUUCAAUGUUAAUACAAAGCUAAUACAGCCUCAAAGAGUUCACACUGGGGAGAAACCCUUUGAAUGUACAGAGUGUGGGAAAUGCUUUACUUCCAAAAGAAACUUACUUGAUCACCACCGAAUCCAUACUGGAGAAAAGCCUUAUCAGUGUAAGGAAUGUGGGAAAGCCUUCAGCAUCAAUGCCAAAUUCAUUCGACAUCAGAGAAUACACACAGGGGAGAAACCUUUCAAGUGUAUGGAAUGUGAAAAAGCAUUUAGCUGUAGUUCUGACUACAUUGUGCACCAGAGAAUCCAUACUGGAGAGAAACCCUUUCAGUGUAAGGAAUGUGGAAAGGCCUUCCAUGUUAAUGCCCACUUAAUUCGACAUCAGAAAAGUCACACUGGGGAGAAACCCUUUAGGUGUGUGGAAUGUGGCAAAGGCUUUAGCUAUAGUUCAGACUGUAUUAUACACCAGACUGUCCACACUUGGAAGAAAUCCUAUGUGUGUAUUGUGUGUGAGAGAGCCUUCAGGUUUAAUUUUCAACAGCAUCAGAGUGUUCAUGGUGAAGGAAAAUCCUAA